AAUUAAAAUAAUGUCAACAAGCAAUAGAUUUGGAAAAAUAUCUCAUCGUGAAGUUUUUCUUGUUGGAAAAAGAAUUGGAACAAUACCUAUCACACAAUUGCCAACUAAAAAAACCGUAUUGCAAUAUUACCAUUACAGAGAUCUUAUGCUAAGAGCUGAUUUUCCAAAUAUUUCUUCAGUUAGUAUAGCUUCAUGUUCUCUAGGAAAUUUUUUUACUGCACAAUGUGCUGAAAUAGGUGGUUGUCUCCAAAAAGGUUUACCAUGUGUCCUUUACGAGGUGAAGAAAAUUUGGCAAAAAGCAGGAAUUCCUUACACUAAUACUGACAAGCACAUCAGAGACAAGAUUGUUGACUUAAAAAAGAAGAGAAAAGAUUUGAACAAACACCGGAACCGUUUUAGUACAAAUUUGGUUUUGAAAAAAGAUGUUUUAAAUACUUUCGAUAAUGACCAAGAUGAACAGUAUCUACAGCCUUCUAGAAAAGUUAAAAAAUCUAAUUCUGUACCUUUUAUUAUUCCAAAAAAUAUAGGAAAAGAUUUAGCUCCAACAGCAUCACGAUAUGGAAAAAGUUCUACUGCACUGAAUACAACUCUCGCUUCUCUAAUAAAUAACAGUUCUGUUUAUAAUUUUUCUAUUUCUAAACGAAGUAUUUUGAGACAGAAAAAAUUAAGUAUAAGUAAAACUGCCUGUAAACUUUAUUAUAUUGGCUAAAGGUAAAAGUCUUACUGUGCAUUUUGACUAAAAAAUUAUGGUAGAAAUGAAAGAACUUGGUAAAGAAAAAGUUGAAAGAGUAGCUGUACUAAUCAGUUCACCAGAUCUUUCAGAAUCACAACUUUUGGGUAUUUAUUUGUGAAAGAUGGCACUGCUGAGUCUUUUAGAAACGCAAUUAAAAAAUUUUUAACAGACUGAGAGCUAUUUGACUAUGUUGAUUGUCUGUCCUUUGACACCACAGUCACAAAUACUGGUUGGCUAAAAGGGGUCUGUACUCUAAUUGAGCAGUGGGGAUGAAAAGCUUUGCUUUGGAUGGCUUGUCGUUAUCAUGUCUAUGAAUUACAUAUAAAGCACUUUUCAAGUGUUCUUACUGGUGGUAAAACAAGUGGACCAAAGGCUGAGUUAUUUGAAAGAAUGAAGUGUAAUAGGAAAUUGAUUCUUGAAAAAAAGAUAAACAAUGAUAACCUAAAGAGAUUUGACUC